GUGUCGCCGCGAGAGUACCUCCGCAUUUGUUUCGCGCUUCUGCGACUUGUCUCUCGCGUGCCUCUCGCCUUUCCUCGUUCGCGCCGGGCCUCCGGCGACGUUUCGCGAAUUUUCGGCGCGGAUGCGGACGAGUCCCGAUGCGCGGUGCGACCAGCGAUUAUGAUGACACUCGCAGCCGACGAUAAACAACGUGCCGAUACUAUGAGGCCGUACGAAUGGAUGCGUGAGAUAUCCCGAGGCCGUUUCGAAGGCACUGAUACGUUCCAGCCAGAUGAAUGGACGCAUGGAAGGGCUCGAUGCGAAUCUAAGGACGAGGGUAGUCUACUGCCGGACACCAGCAGUGACGGCGUCGUCAAAAAUGAUGAUGCGGUGGUCGCCGCAGGCGAUGGCGUCUGCGUGAACGAUCGCAUGCUACAUCAGCAUCAACAUCAGCAGCAUUCUCAUCAGCAACAGCAGCAGCAGCAGCAGCAACAGCACCCUCAUCAUCAUCAGUUGCAGCAACAACAGCAGCGCUCGUCGGCGGAGCCGGAACUGAAUGAUCUCCUGCGAUUCCGCGGUACUGAAACCACGACCGGACAGGAACAGGAGGAGAUGGUGGCGCAGGAAAUGGCACAGGGUUACACGCAGCUCCUGCACUCGGCGGUGACGGCGGCGGCGGUGUCGGCCCAGGAGCCGCAGGAAUACAUCUCAUUAGAGGAGCUACAGCCGCGCAUUCACCAUCAGGAGCAUCACCGCCCCGUGCACGACACUUGCGCGCAACUGACUACGUCCGCCUCGCAACUCUAUCAUCAGCAUCAUGAGCAUCAACAGCAGCAGCAGCAGCAGCAGCAGCAGCAGCAGCAGAACUGCGAUCAGCAACAGCAGCAACAACACCAACGAGAUUAUUACAAUCUCUCGUCCGUGCAGGAAAGUUCGUGCCCUACAGUUUAUUUCGGCGAGAUAGGCACGGGUUCCGGGGUGAGAGAGCUAACCACUGCCUCGGUGGGGGGUGGUGGCGAAGGUCUCGCCCCGACUCCAGCCCCUGCCAGUGCCAGCAACAGCAGCGGCGGCAGCACCACCAGUACCACCACCACCCCCAGCAGCUCGAGCACGACCACUACAACUACCACCACCACCACCUCCACCUCCACCUCCACCAGCAGCACCGCCACCAUCCCGCAGGUUGCAACGGGGGCUGAACCGCCCCAGCACAUGGAGACACCCCCGACGAUGGUCCCCGACCAGCAGGCACCCGCCUCCGGCCAUCACUAUCAGCACCAUCAUCAUCAUCAUCAUCAUCAUCGGCAUCAUCGUAGCACAUCUAGCCAUGGACUGGCGACCGACACCUCGAACGAGUUUACACCGGUCUCCAGGAAGCGGAAACAUUCUUGCCACGGUGGAAGCGAUCACUUGGACGACCUGGGAGACGACGCCAAAUCAGUUCGCACAAAUGAUGACAGUAAGAAGCAGAACCAUAGCGAAAUUGAGAAGCGCAGGAGGGACAAGAUGAACACGUACAUCACCGAGCUCUCGGCGAUGGUACCGAUGUGUCACGCGAUGUCGCGGAAGCUGGACAAGCUGACCGUCCUGCGAAUGGCGGUGCAGCACCUCAAGACUAUCCUCGGCGCGGUUACCUCAUACACGGAAGGUCACUAUAAGCCCGCGUUUCUCAGCGAUCAGGAACUCAAGACGCUCAUACUUCAACUUAUAUUGUUCCAGGCCGCGGAGGGCUUCGUCUUCGUGGUGAGCUGCGAUCGCGGAAGAAUUCUCUACGUGUCCGAAUCUGUCUCGCAGACUCUCAAUUAUUCUCAGGGUGACUUGUUGGGCCAAAGCUGGUUCGACAUCGUGCACCCCAAGGAUGUUGCGAAAGUGAAGGAGCAGCUCUCGUCCUCCGAUCUCAGUCCGAGGGAGCGACUGAUCGACGCGAAAACCAUGUUACCAGUGAAAACCGACAUGCCCCAGGGCGUGUCACGACUUUGCCCCGGUGCGCGGAGAUCCUUCUUCUGUCGGAUGAAGCGCAAAGUCGACGGGGUCCGUUGCAGCGAGAUGCAGGUGAAGGAGGAAGCCGACAACGCCGCUGGCUGCCACAGACGAAAAAAGCAACAAAACGUAGAUUGGAAGUAUUGCGUGAUUCAGUGCACGGGUUACCUGAAGUCUUGGGCGCCCGCGAAGAUCGGCCUCGAGGAGCAGGAGGGCGAGGCCGACGGCGAGGCUUGCAAUUUGUCCUGCUUGGUAGCGGUCGGCCGGAUCCAAACGGCGAUAUCGACGACUGCGUUGCCGUCGAGGACGGCACCCCAUUCAAAGCCUGUACAGUUCGUUUCGCGACACGCAAUGGACGGCAAGUUUCUGUUCGUCGACCAAAGAGUUACUCCAGUAUUGGGCUUUCUACCUCAGGAACUGUUGGGCACCAGUAUGUACGAAUACUACCACCACGAUGACAUUCCUCACCUGGCGGGAUCUCAUAAAGCCGCGUUGCAGACUUCCGAGCGCGUUACCACACAGAUCUACAGGUUCAGAAGCAAGGGCGCGAACUUCGUACGAUUGCAGUCCGAGUGGAAAUCCUUCAGGAAUCCAUGGACCAAAGACAUCGAGUAUCUAAUCGCCAAGAAUUCCGCUGUCUUCUGCGACGCGCAUUUAGGAGGAAAUAACAGAUCUGAGGACUCGAGCGUGCAGGGCAACUUUGAUUAUUUCACGCAGAGUAAUGGAUUAGAAAAACUGAUCUCGAGCCACGUGGAGGUAAGCAAGAUCGGCCGGCAAAUAGCGGAGGAGGACUUACAAAGGCGCGGAGAAGAUUCUUCUUCGGGCAGCAGCCCUGGUCCAGCGACGGAGAUCGGUUUAUUGAAUAUCGAAUCGCAAAUCACGACGUCGCCGGAGAGGAUACCUGACGUUUCCCAGCCGAGUGGCAUCGGCAGCGACAACAACAGCAGCAGCAAUCCCACGUCGACGCUCAACCACAUAGCGAACAACGUGCAACUCAACAGCAUCGUGAAUGACCAAGGAGCGUCACCAGACGACGACAUGAUGGAUAUAAUUGGUGGCACUGCGAUUAACGAAUCGCCAAAUCCGAUCCCGUCUGACGGCAACGACGAGGCAGCGAUGGCUGUCAUUAUGAGCCUGCUGGAGGCGGACGCGGGUCUGGGCGGUCCCGUGGAUUUUUCUGGAUUGCCAUGGCCGUUGCCAUAAUACGUAUGCAUUUUAGUCUGCGAUUGUAGAAUGCAGUAAACGUUUUUUGAUCAGACGAGAAGCAUUCAGAACGUUCAUACGAGACUUGGUGCUAAAAUGGUGCUUUUAAGGUAAUAGGAUUUGGUUGAGCGAACUGUAGCUUCUAAACGGAACUUCUAAAUCACAAUCAAUUAACUGUCUUUAUUGAUAUCCGUGAAUCCUAUAUAUAUAUAUAUAUAUAUACAUAUAUACAUACAUACAUAUAUAUAUAUAUGUAUGUAUGUUAUAUUCCUUCGUCUGUCUUUUGCUGCUGACAAUGAGUACUCAAAAGAAACUUAAAAGAAAGAAAUAAUUUGUGUUUAGCAGCAAGAGACGAAUGAAGCGUUGACGAACGCCCUCAAAGAUUACAGUGGUGUGACAAUAGUGCGGACAAUAAUGUGCGAAUACCUAACGUUCUAGUGACAAAUUGACGUUAUACGUGUAAAUAUACAGGCACGCAGUGCAUGCACGCGUGAUAUGCCAUUUAAGUGUACCUAAUUAAAUCGUAGGAAUAUUUGUACGUGAAGACUUUCAGCAAAUAAAUCUUUUAACUUGGCGAACGUACGGAGCAAGCAGAGUUUACUCGUUAUGUGUGCAUAUGGACUCCCGAACGUACCAUCUAGAAAUGAUGUAUUGAUAACUAAAUUAUUCUGAUGCUGCAAUCUA